GGUCCGAAGAGCCCGACUGCUGCGUUGGGCGUUCCGUUUAAAUGGAGAGAUUAUCGUUUAUCGCUGUUUCGGAAGGGUCGUGCAUGUUCCUUUUAAACAUGCCGUGAGCAAUGCGGAAAUUUGGAAGCCCCGGUACUUUGCCGGCAGCCGCUGCCUUGUUCGUGGUAUUGGCAGUUGUCUGGACAUUGUGGAACCUGAGGGUUUUCGAGAGGGCCGUCUCUCCCGUUACUCUAGGGAGAAUGAGCGGAGAAACGCUGGACUACUUCCUCGGUAGAGCGCUCAUACAGGAGAGGGACGCGGCGGAGAUAGUGUGGUACCACGCAGCCAACAGCAAGAGCAAGAUUGCAGAAGCGCUGAGAAGUUCUGCCCACAUGAUCGAAGCGGACGUCAUCCUGCGGGGCGAGGCCCCCCGAGAGCCUGUCAUGGCCCACCCGCCCGACACCGACAGCGACAUCACCCUGCGCGACUGGCUGAACGAGGUGCUGGCGUCCGACAAAGGCAUCAAGCUGGACUUCAAAAGCCUGCCCGCGGUGCGCCCCUCCCUGAGGCUGCUGGAGCGCGUGUGGGAACGCCUGCAGGGCCCCCUGUGGAUCAACGCGGACGUCCUGCCUGGCCCCGGCGGCGGGGGCAGCCGGCCCCUGGACCCCGAGGCCUUCCUGGCCGAAGUGGGCGCCGCGCUGCCGGGGGCGGUGCUGUCUCUGGGGUGGACCACUGGCGGGAGCCCCCAAGCUGACAACACAGGGUACAGCUGGGAGAUGGUGCGGGAGAUGGAGGCGGUGUGCCGUGCCCUGGCGCGGCCGGUGAGCUUCCCCGUGCGGGCCGCGCUCCUGCGGCCCUCCUUCGCUCAGCUGCGCUGGCUCCUGCAGCAGUCCGACAGGUACAGCCUGACGGUGUGGACGGGACAGGGUGACAUCUACCCUGAGGAGGACCUGCUGCUCUUUCGGCAGGACUUUGACAAGAGCAGAAUCUAUUACGACGUCCCAGAAGCCCAGGGCGUCCUGCUCACGAAAGGCCCGGGCUAGCCUCGCGCCCGGGCGGCCCUGUCCCGCCUCACGGCAGAGCUCGGGGUCUCACUGCCGCGCGGGGGAGCAGGGGAGUCUCCGCGCAGCUCUGGGAAGGGAACCGCAUCUGAGGAGGGCCUUUCUGGAGUGCGAAAGACAGCAAAAGGCAUCACACGGGUACAUGCAUUCAUUGUUCAAUUUCAUAUCUAUGCAUUUUUAUGUAUUUUAUAUGGUUUUAUGUGUGUAUUCAUGUAUAGAGCCUUGAGAAUGAUAAGAGUUGAAAGGUGCUCUGUAAGAACUGGUGCAAUAAAGCUGCAUAGAAUACUGUAUCAACACA